AUAAAAGGGAAAGAAAGGUCCUACAGAACAACACUCAGAGAGAGAGGGACAUAAAGAGCACAUCCACGGCUGAAAGGUUGUCUUACUAUGGAUCAUCAGAGCCUCUUUAGGAUUUUUGAAUCUACUUUGCCUCUACAUACAGAAACGAUGAGAAUACAUGUCAGAUUGAGAGAUGAAGAGGACGAGGAAGAUGAAGAAUGCAAAGAUGAAGAGGACGAGGAAGAUGAAGAAUGCAAAGGUUCUGCUGCUAUGGACAGUGAGGAUUUCGACAUCGUGGAGGUGGCUGGCCUGGGCAGACCAUUCCAGCUCGGCAUGGCUUAUGAUUAUAGAAAGCACAAACUCCUACCAGGGCUGACCUUGUGGGAUUAUGAAGGACUUCAGGCUAAAAUUUGUGUCAGUGACCAAUAUGACACCAAAUUCGACCUCUUGUCCUCAGACAGCAGUGACGAUAAGACGUCUACAACGAAGAUAAGUGCCUACCUGAAAAUCGCUGCACUGUGCAGAAUAGUGGACGUUAGUGGGUCAUGUACAUAUUUUACAGAUGAGAAAAAGUCUGAAAAGAAGGCAAAGCUCACGUUAUCAUACCACGCCACCACAAAAUUCAAGCAACUGUCCAUGGACCACCUGACUCAGAUAUCUUACUUGAGUGAGCUGAAAGGAACCGGAGCAACACACAUAGUUGUAGCCAUCCUAUAUGGCGCCGAUGCUUACUUUGUGUUCGAAAGAGAAUUGGAUUCACACAAAAACAAGUGGGAGCUGGAGGGAGAGCUAAAACUCACCAUCCAAAAGCUUUCAUUUUUAGCGACAGGUGAACUUGGAGGUUCAGGGGAAAGGAAGGACAGUGAAAAGCACGAGUUUGAAAAAACAAGCUGCACUUUCCAUGGGGAUUUUAAGUUAGAAUCUAAUCCAUGCACCCUUCAAGACGCAUUACAGGUGUACACAAAACUUCCAUACAUGCUCGGAGAGAAAGGAGAACAUGCAGUUCCGCUCCAGGUAUGGCUCUAUCCUCUCUCCAAACUACCCAAGUCAAGACUGGAAGAAUCAGACUGUAUCGUCAGGGAAAUAAGUGACACGCUUAACACACGCAUGUCACACGCCAUCGAUCGUUUGAAUAUGAUAGAAGGGAAAGUUAAUGACCUCAUGAACAAUGAAGUCGCCAAAUCGCUUGCUUUAUUUCACAGCAAACUUCAGGAUCUGAAGCAGAAGUUCAGCCAACACAAGGCAGACUUCAUGACGAACCUUGCUCAUCUGCUGCCACUCAUUCGUGGGUAUGAUAAGGAAGAAAGUGACCUUGUUGAUCUCCUGCAAACUUAUGAGGAUUCCCUGUUUAACAGCCCUGCGAUGGACCGGUGGUUAGAGUACAGAAAGAUGGAAUCGGACGUGCUAGGAAGCUUCUUAAAGCAGCUGCGAGAGACCGGGGUCAACCUGGACGAAGAUCUUCACAUUCUCCUGUCAGACGCAGAAAUCGAAAAUGUGGUCAGUUUCACCUUCACAUCUCUGGAUCUGCCAGACGAAUUCCUGUCAGAUCUUGCGAAACCAGAUGAAGCUGAGAAAAAGACACCUGAUGAAAUUCCAACGUGGUUAACAAGAGGCAUCAUUAAGACAAUGAGGAAGAACCUGAGCUUGUUCAAAGACCUGAAGAGAUCCAACAACGAUAGACACACAACGUUCAACGUGUCCUCCCAGAACAACUUGGUCAUCAGCGAUAGAAGUGCAAGAUCAAGCCACCAUGAGAUCCACCCUGGAGCAUGCAUCAUGUUGUACGAAGGUGGGUCUGAUGAACCCAUCUGCUUUACCCCUCCAACUAAGCCCGUCUUCUCAGCCACUAUCGAUGUGUGCUCCCGCAGUAUAAUAGUGAAGUUGAACCCCAAAUGCAGAGCCACCGUGAAGCGUACGCUGGAAUACAAGCCAAGGACGAAGGAGGGGUGGAAAACUCUGGCUGUUCAAAGGGAUGAAGAGAAGCUGACAAAUCUGGAGUCUGGCAGCGAGUAUGAGAUCAGAUGCACUGCAGUGGGCAAACUGGAAGAGUUACCAGUCACCAGUGACAUCAUCAGCGUUCGCCCCUCAGACACCCUUGAAGGGACUGAAUAAAGAAUACCGAAAAAGGAACCGCCCAACAGAGCAGGCUACAGUACGUAGACAUUAUUAGAUGCAAGACCACGGGUUCCCAAUCCUGGUCCUGAAGUACCUCCUACCCUGAACAUUUUAGUGAUUGCCCUCCUAUCAACACAUACACAAUGUCUUGUUAAUGAGUUGAUUACUUGGAUCAGGUAUUGGGAGCAGAAAAACACUGAAAUGUGCAGGGCAGGGGGUUCUCCAGGACCAGGGUCGUGAUGCACAGGACCAUAGACUAUAGCUAGAUGCCUGCCUAUAUACCUAGAUGCUAUAUAGCAUACCUCUGCUCCUCUGUCACGUAAGCCUGCCAACGUCCCACACAUUUCAAUUUCAACCUGCUUUGGUCACAACACUGUCAAGCAGUAAUUAGGAAUGACUGGAUGAAUAGUAAUGAAAUGUAUCUCCAUCAAUGUACAUUUAUUGUUCUUCUUACUUUACAUAUUAUAUCUUAUUCCAGCUCAUCUCCAGAAAAUAUUGGCUGUCGUGUCUAACAAGAGUGUGCUGCAGACGUAGGCACCAGAGGUGUGGACUCAAGUCAUGUGACUUGGACUUGAGCCCGACUCGAGUCAUGAUUUUGCUGACCUUACUCUCGACUCGAGAACAUCGUGAAAGAUUUGCGACUCAACUUUGACCUGAAUGCCAAUAACUCAAGACUUCAACGUCAAGAUUCUGAAAGACUCAAGAGAGUGGAAGAAACACAGUCGGUUACUUUUUAUGUGAAUGGAUUUGUUUGCUACCGGAAACUGAAUAAACAGCAGCGUCGUCAGAUUUGCGUUACGUGCUUAUGCUCGGCUUAUUUAAUUUCGGAAGACAAGCGAAGCACUUUGAGUUCAAUCUCGCUUCCAUAAGCUGGAGAUGCAUCAAACGCAAGUCACGCAUCAACAGCACCACUAAACCCUCACUCAGCGCUUAAACUCCAGCCUUACAGGAACAUGAUAGCAAAACAAAAGAACUAAAGGAACACAUCUCUCUAUCUGCAGGUAAAAACAAGCCUAACGUUCACCACAAGGCUGAAGUUGAUUUCUUCUUCGCCAGCUUCAUGUUGGAAUUUGUCAUUCCACCUUAAAUGGCGCAGAUGGCGCCGGAACGGAAAAUUCAACUAAGAAGCAGCUGGUGAACAAGAGUCAACUUCAGACAUUCACCAUCAUUUUGCUGUCUCUUCUGUAAAUGUUGUUCAGCUCAGUCGUUUUGGCUUCCUUUGUCAUUUAAAUUCAACAGUGUUUUUAAAACUCUUUCCAUGUGUAGUGCACUACUCUGUGUAUAAGAGUCUGCCACGCACUCUUAAGAAGGAUGGUUCUUCAAAGGUUUUUGGUAAAGAAAAUAGGUCUAAAAAGAACCAUGAACACAUUAUUAAAGGGUUUUUUGCAUCAUGACAUGGUUCUUUAGAUCGAAGGAGAAUGUUCUGUAGAUUGAAAAGGGUUCUCCUAUUGCUUUACACUGUAAGAAUAGAAGAACCCUUUAGGUGCUAUAUAGAACCCUUUUCAAAAAGGUUCUAUGUAGAAUCAUCGAUAGCACAUUCUUAAGAACCUCUUUAUGAUGCAAAGAGUACUUUAACCAUGUAAAGGUGUCUUUGAGUGUUUUUAGAACUAUUUUCUAACCCUUGAAGAACCAUCCUUUUUACUAUGUACCAUGGAUUUUGUUGGAAGGAUAAAAAAUGAACUUAUGCUGCUAACAUGCCGUCGGUAAAAGGCUACAGUACUGUUACCGUUAUUCAGUGAUGUGGCCUUAAAUUAGCUGAAGAAUGCAGACUGACUUGUUUAGGACUUGAAGAUCAGGACCUGUACUGUACUGAUCACCUGUACUGACUCGGGACUUGAAUCGAGACUCGACUAUCUUGACUUGGGUCUUGACUCAGGACUUAAGUGUCAAGAUUUGACUUCCUUGAUUUCCCACCUCUGGUAGGCACUAAUAUACAUGUGUUCUGAUGUAGACAAAGUACUGCAAUGUUGUUUGCUUGACAUAUAUACUCACAUAUAUAUACAUACUCACUUUCGCUCCAUUAUUACAUUAUUUGUUUGUUCCAUGAUUUGCAUGUUGGAUCGAUUCAUAAGAAUGUACCAACUCAACGUACCUUAAUGUACCAAGUUAUAUCACAGAUCACAUCAUAUCAUUGUAUCUUGAGCAUGUACUGAAAUAAAUGUGCCAUACUAGACAUCA